CUUCUCGGUCGUUGCCAUGUACAGAUCUUCUUCAAAGCAGUGCUAUCUCAUUGAGAAGUGACGCACAUCUAUCUCUUUGGACUUUUGAGUCUUCCUCUACUAGUUUUCUACAUCACCUUUUGGAAGGAAAUAUUAUCAGUUUGACAUUUUUAUCAAGUUCUUAAGAUUCCACCAUGACGCAGACUCUGGAUCCCAACUGCUCCAACAGCUCAGAAGACUGGAACACCUCUUACUUCAACUCCUCCAGGGAUCCCCAAUACCUCCUAUACCCGCCCUCCCACUACACCCAACAGAACAUCACCUACGUGGACUUGUACCUCCACGAGCCCUCGGUGGCGGUAGUCUUCAUUGUGUUCUACCUGCUCAUCUUCCUGGUCUGCAUGGUGGGGAAUGGCGUGGUGUGUUUCAUCGUGCUGCGCAGCAAGAACAUGAGGACAGUCACCAACAUCUUCAUACUCAAUCUGGCUAUUAGUGAUUUGUUGGUUGGCAUAUUCUGUAUGCCCACUACCCUGGUGGACAACAUCAUAACAGGCUGGCCUUUUGGAAGUUUAGUGUGUAAGCUGAGUGGGAUGGUUCAAGGCAUAUCAGUGUCAGCUUCAGUCUUUACUCUCGUGGCAAUAGCUGUGGACAGGUUCCGCUGCAUCGUAUACCCCUUCAAGCAGAAGCUGACCAUUUUCACCUCCACGCUGAUCAUUGUCAUCAUCUGGGUCCUGGCUAUCUCCAUCAUGUGUCCCUCAGGGGUCAUGCUCCAGGUGACCAAGGAGCAGCGCGUCCUGAUCCUACUGGGGGACGGCUACAACAACACACGCCCAAUCUACUGGUGCCGUGAGAACUGGCCCAAUCAGGAAAUGAGGAAGAUCUACACCACCGUCCUAUUUGCUAACAUCUACCUAGCCCCACUGUCACUCAUCGUCAUCAUGUACGCCCGCAUCGGAUUCACCCUCUUCAAGAUGGCUGUACCCGCCUCAGGCGGGGGAAGCGGUAGUGGCAGCAGCGGUGGGACGAAGCCCGGCCUGGACAACCACCAUCAGACGGUGUCGAAGAAGAAGAAGAGGGUGAUCAAGAUGCUACUGAUGGUGGCGUUGCUCUUCAUCCUGUCGUGGCUGCCGCUCUGGACACUGAUGAUGCUGAGUGACUACGCCAGCCUGACAGCGAGCCAGCACCGCGUCAUCAACAUCUACGUGUACCCGCUGGCCCACUGGCUGGCCUUCUUCAACUCCUCCAUCAACCCCAUCAUCUAUGGCUUCUUCAACGAGAACUUCCGCCGGGGGUUCAAGGUUGCAUUUAAGUUCCAGCUGUGCGCCGCCUACAUGGAGCGCCAGAGGACCUACUCACAUCGUAUCCAAGGCAACGCAGUGUUACCCGCAAACCUGCAUCUGCCCACCAGGCCCGGCUCGGCAAGGUCAGGAUUGGCUUUGGUGAACUGGAAGGGGCUGGGCCGGGAGGAAGUUGUCGGGCGGACGUCAGACGAGAGGUCGUCGGGGAGCAAUGUGAAGGAGCAGGAUCUGAUCAUGAAGGAUCUGGAGAAGGUAUCCCAGGUUUAAACAUGUCAUACAUACUGUAUGUGCCAUUAGGACAUGUAGAGCACAGAUUUAAACAUGACAUUUAAACCAUGUGUACUGUAAAACACACACUGUAUUGUACAUGCCAUAGAGAUAAAUUCAGAUAACCUGGAGAUGGUAUCCCAGAUAAAAAUUACAUUUAAACAUUUGUACUAUUGCAUGUACUGUAAUGCACAUACUGUAAUGUACCCACAUUUUAAAAAAAUCUUCAACAUAGAAAUGCUACCAAAAACUGGUUACAAACAACGGAGUCACCCAUG